AUGGAGUAUAUUAAAGUAAUCAUUGUCGGAGGUGGUGUAGCAGGUUUAGCAGCUGCAAAAACCUUAGGACGUGAUGUAAAUUAUGUAUUGAUUGAAGCACAAAAUUAUCUUGGUGGUCGUAUUCUUACUGUUGAUGCAGCACCGGAUCUUACAAUCGAUUUGGGUGCUCAAUAUGUACAUGGUGACAAGAAAAAUACUGUUUAUGAUAUUUGUGAUGAAUUGAAUAUUCUUCUAUCAGAUGAUGAAGAGUCUGAUGAUGACGCAUUGAUUGUAACAUCUGAAGGUAAAUAUUGUAAAUCUGAAAUAUUAGACAAAGCUACUGAUCUAUGGGAGCGAACAAGAAAUAAAGCUGAAGAAAAAUAUGAUGAUCGGACAACAUUAUCGCCUAUAUCAUUUGCUGAUAUUGUACCUAAAGAAUUUCAAAAACGAUUAUUAUCUUCUUCAUCUUUUUCCAAAGAUUUAAUUCAACCUUUUAUUGAUUAUUUUAUGAAAUUAGAAAUGACAGAAACUAGUUGUUUGUCAUUAUCUGAUUUAAAUUUAAUAGAAUAUCUUGCCUAUGAAGAUCUUGAAGGUGAAUAUGAAAAUGAUUUAAAAAAUGGUGGAUAUCGUCCAUUUAUUAAUUAUUUAAAAUCUUUUAUACCCAAUGAUAAACGUAUUCGUUUGAAUUGUGAAGUAAUACGAGUAAAAUUUAUGGAAGACGAUCGAAAAUUAUUAGUCGAAAUGAAUUAUCUAAAUCAACAAUGUAUGAAAACAAUAAUAUGUGAUCAUAUUAUUUGGACAACUUCAUUAGGUUAUUUAAAAGAAAAUUUUCAUAUGAUAUUUGCUGAUGAACCAAAAUUAAUUCAACAAAAACAAAAUUCUAUUACUAAUAUAGGUUUUGGUACAGUAAACAAAGUAAUUAUGAUAUACAAAAAGAAAUUUUGGAGUCGACAUAUUAAUAGUAUUGUAUUAUUGCAUACAAAAAAAGAUCUAUCAUUCGAAAUAUCUGAUGAAUUAAGGCAACAACUACAAAUUGAACGAGUCGAUUCAGAUAUGUUUAAAGAAAUUGUUAAUAUGUUAUUCCAUUAUGAUGUAUUACCAUCAACUGAUAUACCAGUUUUAAUUUGUUGGUUUGUUGGUCCAACUGCAAUUAUGAUUGAAAAUCUAAGUGAAAAAUUAAUUGGACAAGUUUGUCAUGAAGUUCUUUGUAAUUAUUUGAAUAUUGUUCAAGAAAAAUAUCAACCAGUUCGAAUACUUAAAAGUGAAUGGCAUAGUAAUAAAUAUAUUCGAGGAUCAUAUUCGUAUUCAUCGAUUAAAUCAACUAAACAUGAUCGGAGACAAUUGCAAGCAUCUUAUGCACCAGAUGGGAUUCGAAGAAUUGUCUUUGCUGGUGAAGCAACACAUGAACACUAUUAUUCAACUGUGAACGCUGCAUUGGAAACUGGCAUUCUAGCUGCUAAUAAGAUCUUAUCAAUCAUUGGUUAA